UUUUUGUUAGUUCUUUGUCUCACGCUCUCUCGUAAUAUUAUAAUAUCAGACGUGUUUAGGGGCGUGUUAACAAUGCGGAUGCCAUGGCAACAGUUAUUUAUUGGGAUAGAAAUGAGCGUGGUUGAUCGACCUUCGUCUUAUUACAUGGUACUACAAGGAAAUGGUCGUAUUAUGUAUCACAGUAGAUAUCCUACUACUUAUGUUUAUGACAUUGACCCCACCACUAUUGAAAAUAAUGAAGCAUUUCCAACCAUCUUGAGUGCCAUUUUGAAUGGUCAAAAUGAAUCCUUACCAUUCAAUAAUACAUUAUUAUACUCUAAUAAUAAUCAAAGUUAUUUCACUCGUACCGUUCCCUCCACCUAUUACUGCUGGGAGGUCCUUGAUGAUCUGUUGUUUCUGUCAACUUCCCGAUCCUCUCCUCUUUUAAAUGUAUUUGCUUGUUUGGUGUUAGCUGAUGAGGAUCAGUCAAUUGUCGAUACAUUUAGAGAAUUUGAUAUUUCUG